AUGUUUGGAGUGGAAUGCAUAUAUGAAAUAGUCAUUUAUUUAGCUUAAGAAUUUUAAGAUUAAGUAGAUCAAUCUUUUAGAUUAGACUGUAAAAGAGACAGCAAAAGGAUUGAAGUAAUAACAACGUUGCAAUAAAAGGAUAAACAUACCUUCUAAAAUUGCUUAACAAUUUUCUUAAAUAGAUACAUUAGUAUUGCCAUAAUGGUAAAUGAUUACAGCAUUGUAUCCAAGUCUCAUCGAUUUACCUAACGAGAUUAAGAGAAAUCUGGAGAUUUUGGAAGAAGAGAAAAAGAAGAUAAGCAAUUGAUUUUAGUGAUAUUAAUAAAUAUCCAAAAUAAUAUGAAGAAGGCAGUAAAGGAGGCUGAGAGAAUAUCCUCUAAAAUAUCAUCUCCCAUGAUCGUUGAUCUCUUUGAAUCUCAAGGAUCAGGUCUAAUGCCAUACUUAAAGAAUGCUGUGAAAACUAGAUUGGCAUUGAAUUAAGCAGAAUCUUGUUUCAUAGAUUUUAAAAGAAGUUAGUUUCCAUUGUUCGCGAAGGAUAGAUAUUUCGAAUUCUUAGAAGCCUAUAAUAGAAAGGACAAAGUAGAUUUAAUUAGAUUAUUGUCUGUUCCAUUAUAUGAUAUUGUCAAAGCAAGUCUAAAGGACAAUAAACCCUUGCCUUUUAAAUUAUAUAAAGAGAUGACUGAUGCUUAAUUGGUUUAGGCUAGAUUAUUUUCAUAAAAGAAGAUGGCAUUGCAAUCAUCAUAAACAUGGCAUCAAAUUACUGUUAAAUUUAAUUUUAUUGAUCCAGAAACUAAGAAGGAUGUUGUAAAAUACAAUGUUCUAGAAAGAAGAGAAUCAGAUAGUUCUGAGAAGGAUUGGCGUAUAUGUAAAUUAGAUUGAUUUAAAACCACACAUAUAUUUUUAUGCUAUUUGCAAAAUAAUAUUAUUUAUAUGCUAAA